UUUGACAUACUCGGACCUGUCAUGUUGCAACUUGUUGAUAAUGUUGUUAAUAAAACAAAAAUUGAUAGUUUCUUUUCCAGUAAUGUGUGUCCUGUAUAAGAAUGAAACGUAUGAAAGUCUACGAGCUAUCAUGUUCGCUAUUUUGAGUCGUGCACCUGCUAUGAAAAAUGUUAACGAGAUAACUACUGAAUUGACGGAAACGGUCAUUAAGGUUGUAAGGCUUUGUUUUCAGCUAGCCAAGAUAAAAUGCACAUGGUACUAUUACAUUCAGGAAACAAGUCAAGCAUGGAUAAAAUUAAAAUUGCCAUUUGACGUUGAAUCUAUUUACAAAGACGAGAACAAGUUACUCAGGUAUACUUGGGCAUUACCACUCGCACUACAACACCAAAAAGCGGAAGAAUUCAAUGACAUAAUUACCAUUUUGAACGACCUACAAGACCUCCCGAAUGAUAGUGACAUUUUCAUGGAUACAUUAGAUGAAAAGUGGAAAACUCGCCUCAAGUAUAUUUUACCAUAUCCAAUGAAUGAGUAUGCUGACAUGCUAGAAAUUGCAGAACGAAAAUUAGCAAUAGGUUUUUUGACUGGAAAAAAAACAAUUCUAGGAAUUUUACCGAAAAAAAGGAUUAUUGACGCAGGGAUAGAAACGAGUUACAAUCUAGAAAAGUUUUUGGAAAAAGCUCUAACUGAAGAUGCGGUUGUGAGAAUUACAUCAAAGAUAAUAAUGGAGCAACCAUGCAAUAUGCACGUCUCAGCAACAGCCGGACUAAAUGAUUUAGAGUGUGCUCAUACUGAUGAUAUUGAAAAUGAACUAAUUCCGGCUUUUUACAAGCGAGUACAUCUGAAAGGACCUAUAGAUAAUUCCCAAAAAAAAAUUAAACGCCUUGAAGUUAUCGAAAAUGUCUUGAAUGAAGUAGUCAAUGAAACUGAUGUGUCAUCAGAUAAUGAUGAUAUGUCUAUGUUUGAAAGUUCACCAUACUUCGAUUCUGACAUUACUGAAGAUGAUCAUUAUGAUGAGCCGCUUCAAAAAGUAUCUCUAUCAAAAAUGAAACAAAAAACAAACAUUGAACAAGAAAUUUCAUUGACUUCUUCAUCAAAAAAAGUGAAAGAUACAUCAUCAUUUACACUUGAAAAACAAUUGCUUCAGAGUGAAAUUGUCAUUUGUGAUACCGAGACAACAACAUUUAAUGACAAGAUAUCUAAAACAAAUUUUUUCACUCUAGACAAUGACAACAAUCACCAAGAAGAUUGUUCUGUCUCAGAUCCGUUGGAUAUUAAUCUGCCAAAACCAAAGCGUCCUAAAAUAAUCUCUUCUAAAAUUCUAGCCAAAAAUUUGCAUAUUGACAAAUCCAAUCAGAGAAAAGAUGAAGAGAACUGUAAUACACUCAGGACCAGGCGAGCGCGAGAAUCGAAAACAUCAAAGUGGUUAGAUGAUUUUAUUAUAUUGGAAGACCGUAAAAAAAAAAGAGAAAAAAAUAAAGAAAAUAAGAAAGAGUCAGAUGAGAGUGUAGAGAAAAGGAAGUGCACCUAAAAGAUAGCCCAUUAUCAAGUUGAUCAACAAACAAAAAAAAAAAGAAAUUAAACGAUGGAUAUGCUAAGCCUUGCUGAGAAUUCAUACAAUUUAAUGAAAAUAUAUAAACGACUUUUAAUAUAAUUCAUGGAGACCAAGAGGCAAUCCAUUGUGGCAGUCAUGCUGUGAUGAUACGUGUCAUGAUGCCUGACAUUAUUAUUUAAAUAUUAUAUUUACAUUUAAAUACACAAAAUAAAAAAAAUAAUUACAUAAAUACA